GCGCGGACGUUGCGGCGCGACGCGACCGCGGCCUAGUGAUGUGCGCGUAGCUAUCGACGCUCCCAACAUGAUGACUAUGGACGUCGGGAUGUACAACAAUCAGCAGAACGGUUACAACGCCGAGUACUACCAGGCGGCGGGCUACCAGCCCUACGAGGGCUACCCGGAGGGCUACUACGAGGCGGGGCCGUACUACGAGGGACUGCUGCACGGCCCGCCGGAGCCCGCGCCCGUCAUCAGCACCGACGCCGGCCUGUGCUAUACCAACCUCGACUACGGCGAGCUGCAGCAGCACCCCGCCUACCCCGCGCCCGCGCCGCCGCCACACGAUGCCUUCAAGCACAGGGAGGAUAUACCCCGGCCGGAGGACGUGCACCUGCACGACCAGAAGCUGGACAAUCACUACCUGGAGUCCAAGUACAACAUGCACUACAUGGACGAGUCGAGCGUGCAGUACGGCGCGGGCUCGCCGCUGCCCAUGGGGGGCGACUUCGACCCCUACUGCCCCAAGGACGAGUUCGGGGGGCUGCGGGAGUUCUCCCGGGACGGGGACCUGCAGCACCACCAGCCCCACGCCUCACACUCCACAGUGCCAACAUACAAAUGGAUGCAGGUCAAAAGGAAUGUCCCCAAACCUACUGCGCCAAAGCUGAUGAUUCCGCCGGCGGAGUUCGUGGGCAGCGUCCUCGGGAGCCCGCAGGAGCUGCGGCCCGCCGGCCUGCCCAGCCCGUUGCUAGGCAACACGGGCCGGACCAACUUCACCAACAAGCAACUCACGGAGCUAGAGAAGGAGUUCCACUUCAACAAAUACCUCACGCGCGCGCGCCGCAUCGAGAUCGCGUCCGCGCUGCAACUCAACGAGACCCAGGUCAAGAUCUGGUUCCAGAACAGACGCAUGAAGCAGAAGAAGAGGAUCAAAGAGGGGCUGAUCGUGCCGCCCGACGCGCCCGGCUCGAGCGAGAACAGCCGCGAGUCCAGCUAGAGACUGUCUGUGUAUAGUGUAUGGCGGCCGGCGAUGGACCCAGAUGCUCGUCCCGUAUCUAAGCCACUCAAAUUAAGUGCCACUUAAAUUUAAUAUGGCUGAAUUUAAGUAGCGCUACGCAGCCUCUCCGCGUUGGCUUAUGAGGCAAUGAUAUACUUAACACAAAAUAUAGAAAGGUAUGUCCUCUAUGGACGUCAAUUGUACUUCAAAUGAAAAUAAUAAUAAAAAAUAUACCUGUAAUUCUAUUGACCAUGAUUGGCCUAACGGGAGAGAAACGCUAAGAAGACGAUUUUGAAGCUCGUUACUAAUGUCCUUCAGGAUACGUGUGUAUUCUGUAAUUUCGAAGGAAGGAAAGGCUACGAUUCUAAUGUCCUUCCAGGGACAUUAGAAUCGUAGCCACUAUUCAUGGACGAGCAGCAGCUUGGGACGAAACACCGCACAGCCGCUAGUGGCGCGCGCACACUUGUGACAAAAUGUGCAAACGGAAGUGGUUAUGAAAUAGUCCUGUGGUUAUGAAAUAGUCCUCAUUGAUACAUAAUAUAUCUCAAGGUUUAGCGGGAUCUAAAUCGCAUUUACAGAUAUUUAUAAACUACAUAAGUGGUUACAAACUCGAGUAGAAUUAUUGUUUAAUAGUGGAAUCGAGAGGUUUCGGGUAGAUUGUCUACUAUUUGAAGUUCUCUUGAUUCUAUAUUAUUGUAUGAUGUUCAAU